GUCUAUGAACUUCAUAAAUCCCUCCAAUAGUUUCGAAAUGCGUCCCAAACCUGGCCGAUCCUUAUCAGGAUUUCUUGCCGUCGAGCCAAUUCCCGAUCAUGGUGAAACAAUUCUCUUCUUCCAAGUUUCAAUGCCGAUUCGAGUUCCAAAUGAUCCUUAAUCUGCUUGGAAUAUGCUUUCGAAUCAACAGAUUCCGAUUUCAGUUCUUAUGGAUGUGAGCGAUAUUAACAAAGUUUGGGAAAUUAAAGCCUUGAAGAAGAAGGCUGGAGAGAAAGAAGCAAAGGAGAUGCUGGAGAGAAUUGCCAAACAAGUCCAACCCAUUAUGCGUAGGCACAAAUGGCGAGUCAAGGUUCUUUCGGAGUUCUGCCCAAAAAAUCCAGCACUUUUAGGGGUAAAUGUGGGACGUGGAAUUCAUGUGAAGUUGAGGCUUCGAAGGCCAAAUAGGGAUGGAGAUUUCUUCCCCUUCAAUCAAGUGUUGGAUACAAUGCUACAUGAGCUUUGCCACAAUCUCCAUGGCCCUCACAAUGCCAAUUUCUUCAAGCUUUGGGAUGGGCUUAGAAAGGAAUGUGAGGAGUUGAUGGCUAAGGGAAUUAGUGGUACAGCACAGGGAUUUGAUAUCCCGGGGAGACGUUUGGGUGGUAAUAUGCAUCAAUCCCCUCUUUCUUCCCUUCGCAAAUCUUCCCUAGUUGCUGCAGAAGGAAGAAGACGUUUGAGAUCUCUACUUCCAUCUGGGCCUAAAUGGCUUGGUGGUGAUAGCGACAUCAUGGUCGCACUAAGUCCUGUACAAGCAGCUGCAAUGGCUGCAGAAAGGAGGCUUCAGGAUGAUAUUUGGUGCGCUUCAUCUCAAGCAAUGCCUGUGGAUGAGGAUUGCUGCUCUGAUUUUCCAUCAGAAGCGGCGCUUCCCCCCCAAGCAGGUGAAUCAGGGCCGUUUAGCAAUCCAAGUCAGGGUGUGGAUGCAUUACACCAUAAAAGAUGUCGUGAGUCAGAAAGGAGUUCUAUUAAGUCAUCCAAUGGUCACCUGAAACCCGAUUUUGUUGAUUUAUCCAAAGAUAAUGUAAUCCCUGGUUCCUCUGCUGGCUAUGAUGCCGAAUCAAAUAAGCGUCAUAAAAUGACAUAUAGAGUUCCAUUUCCUCAAUCUUGUGCAGAAACUACCUCAAUAGAUCUUCCCUGUUGAUCCUCUAAUUUGAUGCCAAUUCAUGAUGGAACUACUCAUCCUGGAGAACUUUCCAUGUGGGAGUGUGGAAAUUGCACCUUACUGAAUCCACCACUAGCUUCAAUAUGUGAGCUCUGUUUCUCACCGAAGCCAAAAGCUGCUGAUACCAAAUACAAAUUCUGGUCGUGUAAAUUCUGCACCUUAGAAAACAGUGUGAAGUUGGAGAAAUGCUCAGCCUGUGGUCAAUGGAGAUAUUCUCAUGGCCAACGAGUGUCAACUCGAGGACCAAAUAUUGGCACGUGAGAGGCUUUUGAUGUAUGCUUGUCCCCCAUGCUCUUCCCAGGAGUACUCUGCCACUUCCAUUAAUCACGCAGCGCACGAAAGAGAACCCGGUGUCAUCGUCCGGCGAGCUCCGAUGAUGCGCUGCUAUAGCUCCAAAGGUCUCCGCCGUGGAAGUUAUCACACAUUGCUGGUUUUCAAGAGAAAAAAACAGACAAACAUCAGCCGACAAGUUCAAAACUCGAAAGGUAUCAACUACGUGUCUAGUAACGAGACUCGUUACCUCAUAGAGCGAUCUAGCCGUACCAAAUAUGAAAUCAAUAGUCCCUUGAAUGUGACAUUGAUAGAAAUAGUGUGUGCCCAUAUCAUCCAAAAGUGUAUCUUGUUGUCCCAAGAACUUGACUCUAUAAAACAUAGCCUUCUCUCCUGAAA